GGACGGCUGAUGGUUGUCUCCGCCCACAGUAUGCCGUUUCCAUGACAAUUCAACAUGGCCGCGCACGGAAGACAACCUGUCUUGUCCUCCACACCACUGCAGAUCCUGUUUCAUUUGAAUGGCUGGUAUUUUGCAGCGUUCUUCAUCGCUGAGAUUCUUAUGUUUAUCUACAAAGGGGUGAUCCUCCCUUACCCACAAGCCAAUCUGAUAUUGGAUGUUGUCCUGCUGCUCCUCUUCUUGGGCCUGGAAACCCUCAGACUCUUCUACGGCUGGAAGGGGAACCUGUGUCAGCACUCUCUGGCUCUGUUUGUGAGUGUUGCUGUUCUGGUGCCCUGUGCAGUGCUAAGCGUCUACUACCUUCUGCUGCAGACCUUUGUGUUACGGCUGGAGUUUGUGCUCAAUGCUGUGCUGCUCUGCUUCUACAGCUUUGAGCUGGUUCUGGGGCUCAUGACCAUCUUGGUUUUUUCAAGGGCCAACAUUUAUUAAGUUCAUCUGUUUUUUGAUGUCAGAAUGAAAACACUGAACAGAAUAAGCUUGCAGUCUUUCAAACUGAGAGCUGUCAACAGUUACCUUUUUUACAAUACAUGUAAGUUACAUAAAACAGACAUUUCAUUUGUACAGUUUUUCAAACAAAUAGAUUAAGCAUCUUUAUUAAAUAGAUCUUGAGAUGUUAUAAAAGCUAUUUCCAGUGUGCACAGAUUUUUUUUAAAUAAUGUGUUGUUAAUUGCAAUGUAAAUGUAUUUAUGUAAAU